AUGGACGAGGCGGCCACUUUAGCGACCCUACAGAAACGGUGGCGAGACGUUCUGAAUGCGUCUCCAGGGGAUCGCCAAUUCAGUCUGUUACCUGUUUUGCUGGCAAACUUUGAGAAUGAGUGCCCCCACAGUGAGGCGAUCGCGUUCAAGAAUGUCUUUGACGAUGGUGUUAAACUUGCCAUGGUGCUGUGCAAAUGUCUCGCCUCUGUUAUUAGCUCAGCGCUGCACAGCUUAAACGAGCGUAAGGAUGUCCUUUCUUUGAUGAAAAGUGCUAGUUAUUCGAGAGUCGUAUCAGUGCUGCACAUAAUGGGAACGCAGAGUUUCUACAACACCUCUGUUGUCCAGACAAGCAGAUUCGGCAAGGUGCUUGGCGCGGUCGCAGCGUAUCACAUUCCCUUAUUGCUUGUCCAAGUGCAUGGCGUUGCGGUGCGCUCUAUGUUGGAUUCUGGAGGGGAAAAAAUCGAUGUAUGUCUGCUUUCGGCUGACGUAAAGACAAUGAAUGCAGUCCGGCACUACAUGACGUGUUCUGAACACGCUCCGUCGCUGCUGUCUGAUAUGCGUCAGAGUAUGGUGUUACGUACGGUUAUUGGGACGUUUGAAAUCACACUCUCAAAUCACCUUGACUCCGGUGUGGAGCUGUCAGAAAAUCUCUUGACGAUUGUGCAGUUGAUACUAAAGGAUGGAGCAAAAUCGGUCCCCCUAUGCGAAGACCAAACGGAUGUUGCUGAGGAUAUCAUUUUUCAACGGGCACUGCUUGCGGCGCACUCUACUCUGCACUCAUUGGAAGAACAGAGUGGGCGUCUGCAUAGCCUUGUUAGCUGUAUGGAAUGUCUGAUAUGCAUUCGAAAUGUUUUCGGGUACCCUGAGAAUGAAACCAUCGACUUUGGUGCUUUACUCUCUACCAUCCUCUCCUUACAGGAGCCGAUGGCAUUGUGCAAGGAGGUUGUAAUGAGGCUGUUUAAAUGCAUUGAGGUUCUCGCCACCGCCAUCCGCGGAAAUAAAAGUGGGGGAAAUCCAACACAAAGUAGGAAAAAUGUUGUAGGAUUUUUUUCAACUGUUUUGCCAUCGCAACUGAGCAAAAUUCAACGCCUUGUUGGUUCCGUGGGCGCCGGUGUCUUUCCUGAGUCGUCGCGGGUCAACCCCAUCACAUGCCGUGAGGCUGUUGAGUGUAUAGUCGGAUUUUUUGUCUGCGCCUCCACAGCAACAGCGGUGGACGCCUGUGGUGAUUCUCUUUUCCGCUUAAUUUCAAUGGAUGGUGUGGAUAAUGAGUUGACCUUGUUUGUGCUAAAUUCUUGUAUAGAGAAUCUGCUGUCACUUAGGAUCCAUCAGAUAAACCGUGUUUUGGAACUGUUGCAAGCAUCUUCACAGCAUAUGGAUAUUUCAUUACUGGUCGUUAGUCUUGUGAAAGCGCUUAACGAAAGGUCGAAGGCAGACGUAGAAGUGAAAGUAGCAGUAUUGGACUUCCUCAGUUUGUAUGUGGCGAAGAGUAAGUACACAGCUGACACUUGUUUUCUUCAUGAUGCACUACAAUGGACGCUGUUAGAAUUAGCAUCGAUACAUGACUGGAAAGAGCCACUUGUCUUCACUCACAUUUCGAGUGCGGCACGGUUGUUUCAGUCGGCCCUGGUAUCAAGUUCGUUCGUACUUGUGUUGGAUAAGAUUGAGGGUCCUCGCCAUAUCCUAGAUAUAUUGCUACGUGCCCAUGCUUCUGGGUGUAUAGAGGUAGUGACGGUGUUAAAGAAACUCUUCUUUUCAAUGGUACGAAUGACAAGCCGUCGUGUUGCUGUCCUCAUGGGUGAGUUGGUGGAAAAGAGUGCGCAUGACCCGUGGUUGCCGCAGACGACUGUACUCCUGCGCCUAUUUGUGUCUGUUUUGCAAAACGAGAAAUGCGCUAUAGCCGCGAUCAAGGGCAACGGUGUCUACCUCUGCCUUUCGCUUCUUCGGGGAGCAAAGCAAAGCACACAGUUCGAGACGGAUGUACAUCUUAUUGGAAGUUCUUUAGCAUUAAUGUUAAAGUACUUGCGAUGGAGUGAAGCGGGAAGUGUGGUUGCUUCUGUGGUUGUGCCGCUGCGAACGCCGUGGAUGAUACAACUUUUGACUGAUAUUUGUUGUGGUUACUACGGCUCUUCACGCAAUCUGGCUCUUGUUAGUGAUUUGGGCGCAAACGCGGUAAUACCUGAUCGCUCGUGUUGCACGGAAGUAAGACAAUUUUUUGUACCGGUUUUUUGCAGGUUCGAGCACCCAUUUAUUUUUGGUGUUUUUGCGCAGUGGAUGUCAGAACUCAAGAGCGAGCCAGGUGGGCUGGCGGCGGAACUAAAGGAGCUUCUGGCUGUUCUUGGAAAGCGAUAUGGUAUGCCAAUCAAUGACAAGCAGUUCACGUCCUUUGUGACGAAGCAAGGUUUAUGCAGCCUCCUUUCGUAUGUGGCCGAUGUUGCCGGGGAAGAAGUUCUCGGUGUGCUUUUUCCUCCACAAAGGAAUUAUACACUUGAACAUCUUCGCAAGAUUCAAGAUGCAUGGCUACCUGUCACCGUUGAAAAGUAUCAUAACACGGGGGAUGAGUUCCAUGACUUUAUCGAAAUGCUUGAAGACAGUGGCGUGCAAGGAGUGUUACAUGCAGGAAGCUCUCGUUUGUCCCCUUCCGAGGGCUACACGGUUGCAUUGUGGGUGUUCUGGGACGAAUGCGAGGGGAAAGACAUCUGCCCGGUAUUACCGCUGUGGGAGUUGCGAUGGCCUGAAAAUGGUAAAACGUCUUUGGUUUCGCUCAGUAUUGAAACAUUGCGCAGGAGGUCAGCUUUGACGUUCUCGUUAACUGGUGAAGCACCGGAAGUAGUUGCUCUUCCUUUUAUCAAACCAGGUGAUUGGAAGCAUGUGUCAAUCAGCUAUCAAUGUGGGAAGUUGUUUUCUUCGCGUUUUAAGGUAUUCUUUGAUGGGGUUUGCAUAUUCACACACGACGUUGCAGCGGGUCCGGCGGCACUUGUCACACCAUCCACGACGGCAGCAAUCGUGGCUGGAAUUCUGUCGGACAAUUGUCAGGAGUUGUUCUGUACAGUAGGUGUUCCGCGUGGAAAUUCUGCAGAGGGAUGUAAACUGCGCCUUCUGUCAUUUUAUGUGUUUGGUGCGGCAUUAGAUGAUGAGGUGAUACUAUCCUUGUACUGCGCCUCACCGCAGUCUCUUAAGGGAUGUUGUUCAGGAAUAAGAGGCGCAUUGGAGUCCACACUGUUGAAGUCCGAGAUGCUCCGAUACAUAUCAGCCAGUGAGCGCAGUGGAACACUGGGUUCUCUCGUGAACUCGAAGAUAAUUCGAAUUGCUCCAUUUCCGGAGGCCUCGUUGCUUUUGUCUUUGUACGCUCGAGCAGUUGUCUUGGUAGAUGCGCCCCUACUGCAGUCUCUCGAUAACAAAAAAUGGGUGCUUCGGAAUGGAGUAUUGAAGGGGGAUCUGUCGCACUUCGAGUUGUAUGGAACACACAGUGAGCCUUUAGGUGCAGGGAGUAGUGUACCGACGACUCUGAUAUCCCACGGAGCACCUCAUGAGUGGAUGCGCUGGUUCGUUGCCAUUACCGAUCUUUAUUAUACUCUGAAAGUUGACAAUGAUAACACCAAUAUGCAAAUACUGCAGGGGGUGGCCGUCUCUACAUUGAAGAUCAUCGCCACUUGCUUCAGCGCGGUGACAGGGAUAGCUGACAUUAGACUAACGAUGUUUGCUAGUCAGGUGAUGUCGCAAGUUAUACGCCUCCCAAGAGUAUAUCUGGGCACCGAAGAGGGAAUGAAGGCCUUUCUUUCGAUGUGUGUCACCGAAAUGCCCGGUAGUGGCAACCUUUUUUUGUUCCAUACGGCACCCAUGGAGCAUGUGUUAUUUAAUUGGAAGAUCGUCUCAUGUCUCCCACAGUCGUCGCAGAAGUGUAUCUUAUUCCACUUUGAUGCCCUUCUUCGGCCGAGUAACCCAUUCAGAGUGGUAAAUGCUCUGCGGCUCCGUUACUGUGACUUCUUUAAUGGUUUUUUGUGUGGCCUCGUACGUGAAUACCUUCCUGUACAUCUGCUUAUGUCUGCCAUUGAUGUUGUGGCACAAUACAUGCAGUGCCUUUCUGACAACACGGCAGCACUGGGUGAUAUUCUAGCUUUGUGCGCGUCAACAGUCCCGGUGGAGCAGGAUUUCGGUGUGGUUUCUGGUCGACUGGUAUCUAAACUGCCUUUAGUUGGGUUUGAGCAUAUCGUUCUUGUUCGUAACCUCCUUCUGAAAGUUCUGUGCGAUGCGUGCACGGUGUCUCUCUCUGGAGAUGGAGAGAAGUUUGUCGAGUCACUCUCAAGCGUUGUACCACGAUGCUGGUUUCACACAAUGACGAAUAGGUGGUCGCACCCGGUGUCAGUAUCUAUGUCGCUGCGCCUCUUUGUCGUAUGCUACUUGAGGAAACUUCACUUUAGGCAACGCUUCGGCGACAUGAUAUUACUGCUAUGCGAUAAUUUGCGGCAUCACUCUCAUCAAGUAGAUGUAUCAUCCGUUUUAUUGCACGGUUUCAUGGGACAUGAGUGGAAAAUGCAAGAGUGGCCACAGCAUCUAGUGCAUCCGUCGUUAGCCAUAGACACCAGCGCCGCGGUUCCAUCCCUUCUAAGCCUGCUUAUGGAGCUCAUUGGGAGGAAUGCGGUUCUUUUAUUGCACCGUGAACCUGUGGUGAACUACGCCGGUGUUACAUGUAGCCUGUACUACGCGGCUGUAAAGGCAAGAGCGAAAUGCGUUUCUCAGUCUUCGCCAUGGCGACGCAGCUGCAUUGUUGUUGCUUUUUGCAUUCGGCUGCGAUCCCCACAACGUAUGGCACCAAGAGCAGCGUCUACGGGUUUGUUCUCUGAAAGGGCAUUAAUUAAUGUGGAUGAUGUUGGAAAGCUUGUCGCUUCUGUCGUGCGGUGGAUUGCGGAGAAUUACAUGCAAUAUACUGUGUUGUCCAAAACACUGUAUCUUUCACAGCAGGUGUGUAACCCAAUAGACUUUGUAUUCCUGCUAUUGUUCAUUACGUCAGGGAUGGAUGGCCCGUUGGAAAACCAGGAGGGCUUGUUUGCGACUUCAGAGGUGUAUGAUGUGCAUGCUUCUACAGGUGAUGAAGGUGACGAUGAAGAAGAAGAAGAAGAAGAAGUAAAGACUGGAAGCACAGAUGAUGGUUACGAUGCUGUGGCCGUAUUGGGUGAUGCUGCUGACGCUUUCGAAAAUAUGGGGCCGCAUAACUGCGAUGUGGACAUCUUGUUGCCCAUUGCAAGGAAGCAGCUAUACGAUGUAUGUCGCAUCCUCUUCUUUGCACAUAUCAGGAGGUAUGCUUUCACCUUGAAGACCCAAGGCGAGAGGCGGGGAAAUAAGAUUGAGAUGGUGUCAAAACUUGUCUUUGCGCUUCACCGGGCUUUUGCUGUCCUCCCUCAUGGCGUAGGGAAUACAGCGGAGUCUGCGUACUGUGCGACUGUAUGCCGUCUGUGGUUAAAAGCGCUCACAAAUAUUGUGAAUGGCAGCUCACAUGGUGAGGCAACUGAGUGUGUGUUGAAGAACAUGGUGGCUGUGGCGCAGUAUCUAAUAAGCAGACUGAAGAGUGGUGCAGCUAUACCUCCGGCUGCUGUGAUGAAUUUCAUACGAUUCCUGCUUGAAAAAUGUUCGGGCAUUGAACAUACCAAGUUGCUUCAGCAUUUAAUUUCUGAAUGGCUUAUUUGCAUAAUGGCACCGUCAUUCUAUCAGGAGGGUGAAUCCAAGGCGGCUGCUGUAAUUGAACUAAUGUAUGACAGUCGUAACAUUAUCUUCACUCUUCCGAUAUCAUCAGCCGAAUUGUUGGGUUUUGUUGUAAUGCGGCUUUUGGAUGUUUCUGAGACCUUUCUGUCGGCGGAGUCUGCACUUACUUCAGAAACAGCCGCAAGGUUGGCCGAAGUGUGGCAAACACUCAUUUCGGUAAACAAAGGUUCCCCAGCUUUUCAGUCCGUUUUGACCAGAAAAGGGUGUGUUGACCUCCAGGGUGGAUUCCAUCUGCUUGCGUCGCCAGACUCGGAUAGGGUGAAAUUCCUCGUCUGGUUGUUUGAACGCCGUGGUGAUGUUCAAAGCCGCCUGCGUACAGUGCAGUGUACGUACCACACGGCCGAAUGGAACAUGCAAAGAAGGAAAUACCUCCGGUGGAUACGGCAUUCUAUAUCAGAGCACCGCCAUGAGCGCUUUAAGUUUCUCAAAGCGUGCCAAGAAAUGUGCAGCGCGACACAUCUGAACUGGAAACAAUUUAACGACACCUCUACUUUUGUGGACCCAGCACUCCUGACGCACAGGAGUGUGUGUGGUGAACCGACACGACAGCAACAAAUGUUGCCACAGGGUGGUGGUGUGGCGGGGGAACCGCAGGCUCUGUGUUUGCACCCUAGUGGUGCUAUCGGUUACACAUGUUUUUGCACAUGCGAAGACCUCAACGAUUUGGGUGGACACCAUAUGAGCUUGUACGUACGGUAUUCACCACUCGCUUGUCUUCCUAUGCGGAGCACUCUCCAGGAUACAGUUUCAUUGGAGUGUGGCCUCAGAGUCCAAGCUGCGGCAGUUCUCCAUCGCAUACUCGACCCGGUGCCCUAUCAUAGCAUCCUCUUUGUUGGUAACGUGUACUAUCUUGUAGGCAACGAGUGUCUUAUCUGUGUUUUACUUGUGACUAAUGGCGAAGUCGUGAUAAUGAAUAACAGCGAAGUGACAACAGACGGAGACAUCGUUAUUGCGCAACGCCGACGGUAUACAAAGGUCAAAAGGUCUUCUAUGAAAUCUACUCUUGUUCAUGAUGCUAUACGACGCAUUUUGCCGGUGCGGUUUGGGGAGGCAGUGACAAACACAAAGGCCGCCUUUCGCUACUCACAGUACUUCCGCUUGAUGUGUUCCGAGUCAUCUCUCCAGAGUUCUCCAACGCGUAUCUGGCGAUUUUUUCUUGGAAAUGUGCAAACUCUACACCAACGGCUUUUCCAACAUAUGCCCACUGCUUUAGAAUUUGAGCUCGAAAACGGUGACAGAUACUUCGUUGUGGCACUUGACGACGAACUUUCAUUCUCAAAAACCGCGCGAGAAAAACUGCGAUCCAUCAUUUCGAGUGUGGCCCCGCAUGUGGAAGUUGAAACAAGUAGUCUCAAGGAAUCUCGUUUAGCCGGUUUGACGAAGCGGUGGAUUCGGCAUGAGAUUAGUAACCGGCAGUACUUACUUUGCGUAAACGACGCCGCCGGGAGGACGGUUGCAGACAUCAGCCAGUAUCCUGUUAUGCCGUGGGUGCUUAACGACUACAGAAGUCCAACGAUUGAUUUGGGAAAUGCGGGUAUCUACCGCGACUUGGCGAAGCCUGUGGGGGCUCUAAAACCUGUUAAGGCAGCGCAGCUGCGUGCUCGCUACGAAGAAUGGCUGGAUGCCACACAGCCGCCUUUUCAUCAUGGCACUCAUUACAGCAGUAGUGCCAUUGUGAUGUAUUAUCUGAUUCGCUUGCAACCUUUUACCCAGUGGUCUAAACGGUACCAAGGAGGGAAACUAGACAUUGCAGAUCGCCUCUUCCAUAGUAUUGCAGAGGCCUGGGAGAGCUGCAGUGGAGCUGGUGACGUGAAGGAGUUGAUACCUGAGUUCUUUUCGUCAUGCGAAAUAUUCCUGAACAAAAACCAGACAGAACUUGGGACCCGUUGUGACAGCAUCAAGUUGGGGGAUGUCAUUUUGCCUGAAUGGUCCAGAGGAAGUGUGGAGAAGUUCCUUCACCUUCAUGUGCUUGCUCUGGAGAGCGAUGCCGUGAGUGAAAAGUUGCACAAUUGGAUUGAUCUUGUGUUCGGUUGCAAACAGCGCGGACAAGAAGCUGUAGGAGCACUGAAUGUGUUUCACCACCUCUCCUACAAACAGGGCGUGGAGCGCGCCAUUAGUCAAGCUUCCGACGACGAUGCACGCAAGGCAAUUGUGGCGUCAGCCGCCAGCUUCGGUCAAACGCCAAAGCAGUUAUUCACCGCGUCACAUGCGAAAAGGUUGCAGGCAACAGCGGUAGUUUCUAAACAAGAGUACUUCAUGGCCAACGUGAAACAACUCUCCCGUAGACGACAGCCUGUCUACUUUCCCUGGGAAAACAUCGACAACUCUGCUCCAAUAAUGUCACUGAGCGUGGUAAACUCCUGUAUAGCCGCUUCUACUCAGUACUGUCUGUUCCUGCCAACAUCGCCGCUUCAGAUGUGUGUCUACAACCAGAUCACAAAGGAACUCUUCUGUCACUGUUUUCAAGAACCCACACUGGUGUGUGCUCUACCUGGCGUUGCACGGUAUGGACGAGGUGAGCCGACUGCCAUAUGUACAUCCACGAAAGGGGGAAUCCUCUGUUUAGGAACGAAUAAAGGAGUGGUCUUUGUUUUCAGCCGUGGUUCGGCAACCGGACCCUUCUGUGUGUCAAUGCUUCUCCACGUCUCCAAUGGGGACGAGCGGAAAGCAGUGAAUAUGUUAAAGAUGUGGAGAAGUGGCCAUCUCGCUGUCGUUUGCGGGGAAAAUCCUUUCGUCUCUGUUUGGCACGUGUCCCACUCGAAUGCAAUGUUGUGCUUUUCUAUUUGUAUUCGCGAUAUUGUUAGCGAACCUGGCGGCGUACAGAAUAUAGCACGAGACGAACAGCGAAAACACUACUUUAUCGCCACUGAGUACCAUCUGCUGCAACUAUCAAGUGAUGGCACGGUUCUGACGCUAGUAGAUGUGAGAAGCAGAAUCUCAAAACUGACGCAGAGGUCGGGCAAUCCAGGCCCAUGCGUUGAGGGCGUGGUCUCACCUAUGCGUUCCGUGGAGUAUCUUAACUUCGAGAGUCACAGCAACGCCAACAUCCUCCUCGCCGGACAUGGCAAUGGCACUCUGUGCUUCUGGGCCGUCGAAGCCGUCAAAGCCGUGGAAUCCGCAUCUUUAUACACCAUUCGGAAUUUUUAUUCAUCAGUGGUUGACACCGAUUCGGCCAUCACCGCCAUCAUGUGGGACGGUGAGUGCAUUGCUGCCGGUACAGAAAAGGGAGAAGUGCACUCUCUCACUAUUCCUAUAUUCUCAGAAAGUCAAACGGAAGUAUGGUAA